UUUGAAUUAAUUUAUUUGAAAGCUUAUCAGUUAUCACCGUCUCUCUCGGCCUUGCUGGAACAAGAGAAGAAAGUCGGGAGUGAAGUGUCCAACGCCUGCAAUCUUUCUUGAGAGAUCAGCUGACAUUUUCUCCAUUCAUUGCUGAAUUUAGUCCGAGAUAUCCUCUGCAAAUGCCUCGUCACCACUGCAACCCGAAAAGAUCGGUGGAGACUGUACUGAGGGCAAAAAAUGGGUUUCAAUUCUGCACUGGCUAGAGUAUCUUCUACGUAGUUAUCGAUGUCGACGUAGAUGAUAGGAGGCCGGUUUCCGGACUCUGCUUGGAGAGAACGGCGUUGCAAUGGAUUGAUUUGUUGGGGUUUCGGAUGCGAACAAAGAGAACAACAAAGCGUCUUUUUCCUUACUUUUUUUUAUUGUUUUCUUUUUGAUUUUUUUUUGAAUCUUAUCGAAUUCUACAAACGCGUUUGGGUUGAUUGAUGGUUUACGGGGCUAAAGGAGCUGCCUUUAGUGGAUUCCAGUUUAGCGGGAUAGGGUAUUGAAGUUUCUGGGCGGAGCCCCUUCUGAAACUGUGGAGAUUUGGGCGUUUUCUUCGAUAGUAAGCGCCAUGAGGAGCCUGUUCUUUGCUGAAUCCUGCAAGGGAACGCAGCUCCAUGCUUUUAAUCCUCAGUCAUGGCUACAGGUUGAGAGGGGAAAGGUUUCCAAUUUCUCCUCACAUUCUCCGUCUUCUAUCGAGGCUCUUAUCAAGGUUGCAGAGCCGCCUGUUCUACCAUUCUUUAAGCCGAUUGACUAUGUGGAGGCCUUGGCUAAGAUCCAUGAAGAGUUGGAAUCCUGUCUGCCCCACGAGAAGUCGGAGUUGUAUCUGUUUCAGUUUCAGGUAUUCAGGGGUCUUGGAGAGUUUAAGUUGUUUCAGAGGAGUCUGCGUUCUGCUUUGGAGACAGCUACCACGGUUUAUGAGAAGAUUAUUUUUGGAGCAUGGCUCAAGUAUGAGAAAAGAGGAGAAGAAUCCAUCUCUGAUCUCCUCUCAUCAUGCGGUAAUUGCUCCCAGAAAUUUAAUAUCCUGGAUUCUGAAAUCCCUCUUCAGACUUCAGAGCUAAUGGAUACAUGUUCUUCGGCCGAGAUAGAGAAAUCAAAAACCUUGUUUUUUCGUGUUAGAGACGAGUAUAUAGCCUGUGAUCGGCUAAAGAUUGCUAAUUUAUCGCAUCCAUUCCAAACCAUGCUUGAAGGAUGCUUUACUGAGUCCAUACAAGAGGUCAUAGAUAUGUCGGAGAACAGUAUCUCACCAUUAGGUAUGAGAGCAAUAAGUGAUUUCAGUCUUUUUGGAAGUUUGAAUGAUUCACUAUCUGUGGAUAUUUUACUGGAGAUUUUGAUAUUUGCAAAUAGAUUUUGUUGCGAGAGACUCAAAGUGGCAUGUGAUGGAAAGCUGGCAUCUUUGGUUUAUUCAAAGAAAGAUGCUGUUGAACUUAUGGAAUGUGCGUUGGAGGAAAAUUGUCCUCUCCUUGCUGCUUCCUGUCUGCAGUUUUUCCUCCUGGAUAUCACAGAAUGUCUACAAGAUGAGCAAGUAAUAAGGAUUUUCUCUGCUGCAAAUAGGCAACAAAGGCUUAUCAUGUUUGGUCAUUCCUCAUUCGCUCUGUAUUGUUUGCUAAGUGAAGUUGCCAUGAAUACUAAUCCCAAAUCAGAGGUCACAGCUUCCUUUUUGGAGAAGAUGAUUGAAUCUGCAUCGAGCAGCAGGCAGAGGCAGUUCGCCUUUCAUCAACUCGGAUGUGUGAGGCUUUUGCGGAAUGAAUAUGAUGAGGCAGAACGCCUUUUUAGUUCUGCUGUCACAGCUGGACACAUCUACUCUGUUGCUGGAUUGGCUAGAAUUGCUUGCUUUAAAGGUGCUAAGCAUUUGUCUUAUGAGAAAAUCAGCAGUGUAAUUUCUUCCUAUAAUCCCUUAGGUUGGAUGUAUCUAGAAAGAUCUUUGUACAGCGAGGGUGAUAAACAAUUGGAAAACCUUGAUAAGGCAACGGAGUUAGAUCCUACUCUUCUUUAUCCUUACAUGUUUCGAGCAUCAUCUUUGUUGAAACAACGAGGCGUGCAGGCGGCUUUAGCAGAAAUUAAUCGGUUUUUGGGAUUCAAGUUGGCUCCAGAGUGUUUAGAAUUACGAUUUUGCUUUUAUUUGGCGCUGGAAGACUAUAGAGCGGCACUAUGUGAUGUACAAACAAUCCUUACAUUGUCUCCGAAUUAUCGAAUGUUUGAAGGGCGUGUGGCUGCCGUGUUAUUACAAAUGCUCGUUCGGGAACAUGUUGAGCCGUGGACGAUUGCAGAUUGUUGGCUUCAACUUUAUGAGCGGUGGUCUACUGUGGAUGAUAUAGGAUCUCUUUCAGUUAUCUAUCAAAUGCUUGAGGCGCCAUAUGCCACAAAAGGAGUUCUGUAUUUUAGACAAUCUUUGCUUCUCCUUAGGUUGAACUGGUCAGAAGCAGCAAUGCGAAGCUUGCAGCUUGCUCGUCAGCAUGCAACCAGUUUACAUGAACGACUGGUGUACGAGGGAUGGAUUUUAUACGACACCGGUCACCGUGAGGAAGGGAUUCGCAAGGCUGAGGAAUCGAUCUCCAUCCAAAGGUCUUUUGAGGCCUUCUUUUUGAAAGCUUAUGCUUUGGCAGAUUCAGGUCCUGGCUCUUCAUGUUCUGCAACUGUUAUCUCACUACUUGAAGAUGCCUUAAGAUGUCCUUCUGAUAGGCUUCGAAAGGGUCAGGCCUUGAACAAUCUUGGCAGCGUAUAUGUUGAUUGCGGAAAGCUCGAUCUUGCUGCAGAUUGCUAUAUAGCUGCCCUCAGGAUCCAUCACACCAGAGCUCAUCAAGGACUCGCUCGAGUUCAUUUCCUCAAAAACAACAGAAACUCCGCGUACGAAGAAAUGACCAAGCUGAUCGACAAGGCCAAAAACAAUGCCUCGGCCUAUGAGAAGAGAUCCGAGUACUGCGAACGUGAGCUAACAAAAGCUGACCUGCAGAUGGUGACCAAGUUGGAUCCGCUGCGUGUUUAUCCCUACCGAUACCGAGCUGCAGUGCUAAUGGAUGGUCAUCACGAGAAGGAGGCGAUCAGGGAGCUUACGAGGGCAAUUGCCUUCAAGGCCGACCUUCACCUGCUCCAUCUGAGAGCCGCGUUCCACGAGCAUAUCGGGGAUGCGGCCGGAGCUCUUCGGGACUGCAGGGCCGCCCUCUCCGUCGAUCCCAAGCACCAAGAAAUGUUGGAGCUCCAUAGCAGAGUGAACAGUCAAGAGCCAUGACUGAAGUGCUUGUAUAGUCUGAACUGUUUUUUAAUACUACAGGCCCUUGCUUUUA